AUGGAUGCACUAGUUCCUGAAAGCAGUAACUUUCGGUGUGGUUGGGUGAACAGCAAUGACUACGAGCUCGCACACAAGACUUUCAGCAUGAUCCAGUUUUUGCCCGUGUUUUUCAAACCACUCGGAAUGUUGGAGUUCAAUGAAGUCUUUGCAUGCAAGCAGAACAUUUGGCACAAGUUCAUUGCAGAGUCCCAGGGCACGCUCGUGGCAAUUUUGCCUGGCCACACACACAAGGAACGUGACCUUUUCCAGCUCCUCAUCCAGUCGUCCCCAUUAUUUUCAGAUUCCAACCAGCAACCGAACUGGACAGCUCUCGCAGUCGUUUGGGCUGGACAUGCUGAUGGUCAUAAUAUUUUCUAUAAGCUCCCAGAACACCUCAAGACAUACUACAAGACAUGGACAGAUUUUUGCAAUGAGCAAAACACGAUUUCGCUCAACACUGAAGCGAGUUGGCGCAUUCGUGCUCUCAUCUGCUCUGCCCCAACCAAUGUCACCAUCAAAGCACCCACAGCACUCCCCACAACCCUGCACGACUUGCUGGCAGCCAGCCCAUUGACAAAACCAGAUGAGUUCAGCCUUGACUGCGCACUCUGUGCCUUCAUUAUGUACAUAGGCACUUCAUCACACUUCGUGCUUCUCAACACACUCCAUCACACCCUUGGCAGCACUUUUGCCCAUUCCCAUGGUCUAAGAGACCCAGUUUCCUUGUAG